AAUCAGACAGCUGCCUUCUGCUGACUUGUCCAACCACUUCUUCGAAACGUCAGACUUGUGGUGCCGAUCUCGGGCAGCCUGCUUGAGAACAAAAACACUCAGUGCAUACGAUCCAGAAACAUUUAUCUGGGAGGAAGCACUCCUGGACGAUUCUCAUUCACUCUUAAUGACAGCGCUCAAUGACGGAGGCUGUGGUGAAUCGGGAAGCUAUGGAGAAUCAGGAGCCUGCGGAGAAGCAGGAUGCUGACAGAAAUCAGGAAAUUGUGGAGAAUCAGCAAAGUACAGAAGCAUUUGAUGCAUCUGGAGCAAGGAAGGGGCGUUUGACGCUUGUGCUGGGGUUGGCGACUCUAGUAUCCGUGUUUGGGUCUUCAUUCCAGUAUGGGUACAACGUUGCCGUUAUCAAUUCUCCGAGUUUGCACAUGCAGGCGUUUUACAACACAUCUUACUUCGAACGAAAUGGGAAGUACAUCGACAGUGACUUCCUCACUCUGCUGUGGUCCCUCACCGUCUCCAUGUAUCCACUUGGAGGAUUUUUUGGGUCCCUAAUGGUUGCCCCAUUAGUGAAUAAAUUGGGCAGAAAGGGCACUUUGUUGUUGAACAAUAUAUUUUCUAUUAUCCCAGCGAUAAUGAUGGGAUCAAGCAAAGGAGUCAAAUCGUUUGAAAUUAUAAUUAUUGCGAGAAUCAUUAUUGGAAUAUGUGCUGGACUCUCAUCCAAUGUGGUCCCCAUGUACCUGGGUGAGCUCUCACCCAAGAACCUUCGAGGCGCCCUUGGUGUUGCGCCCCAACUCUUCAUCACAAUCGGAAUCCUGAUCGCUCAGUUAUUCGGCCUAAGAAAAGCUCUUGCGAAUGAAAAAGGUUGGCCACUGCUCUUGGCACUGACAGGGAUCCCCGCCGUGGUGGAGCUGAUCUUCUUGCCCUUCUUCCCCGAAAGUCCCAGAUACAUGUUGAUCCAAAAAGGUGACGAAAAGGGAGCAAAAGCAGCUUUAAGGCGUCUCAGAGGAUGGGAUGAUGUUGAUGCGGAAAUUGAGGAAAUGCACUUGGAGGAUCAGUCGGAGAAAGCGGAGGGUCGUUUGUCUGUGAUGAAUCUGUGCUCAUUCAAAGCGCUGCGAUGGCAGCUGAUCACAGUCAUUGUGCUGAACAUGGGACAACAGCUCUCCGGAGUCAAUGCAAUAUAUUACUAUGCAGACAACAUAUAUCGCUCAGCAGGAGUGUUGGAGAAUGAUAUUCAGUACGUGACUGUUGCCACAGGGUCAGUUAAUGUGUUUAUGACUAUCGCAGCGACUGCGAUCAUUGAUAAGGCAGGACGCAGGCUGCUUCUCCUGAUUGGAUUUGCUGUUUGCUGCUCGUUCUGCAUGAUCUUAACAAUGAGUCUGAACCUUCAGAGCGUGGCAAGCAACAUGUCUUAUCUAAGCAUAGCCUCUAUAUUCCUUUAUGUUAUUGGACAUGCAAUAGGACCCAGCCCGAUUCCUUACGUGAUAACGACAGAAAUAUUCCGGCAGUCCUCCAGACCCGCUGCCUUCAUGGUGGCAGGAUCCGUGCACUGGCUGUCCAAUUUCCUCGUUGGACUCAUCUUCCCAUUUCUCGAGAGAGGGCUCGGUGAGUACAGCUUCAUCAUUUUUGGGUUCAUCUGCCUGCUGACCUUUGUUUACAUCUACUUGUUUAUCCCGGAAACAAAGAACAAAACCUUCCAGGAGAUCAGUGAGAUUAUGGCCAAGAAGAACAAAGUGGAGAUAAAAUUGGAGACUGACCCGCUGAAUCCGAGUGGCUGGGAGGAAGAUCAGGGACAGUGGGGGGUGGAUAAGAGCACAAAACUCUGACACCUUUUGCCCCGUUCUUUGGGCUGGAAAUGUAUGGUGCAUCGUUAUCUCGAAAGGUUAAUAUUUGUAGGUGUGCCCUGGUCGUACGAUAAUGCUGAUGAAUUUAGAAUAAAUGGAUAAGUUAUUCUUAUGGCUGGAAGAAUUCCAAUUAAUAAUAAUAUACUAAUAUAUUUUAUUGUCAUUGCACAGAGGUACAACGAGAUUUGGUAUGCAGCUUCCAUCCGAUGUAAUUACUUAAUUAACUAAAAAUUUAGACACCCAGAGAAACAAGAUUUAAAAAAAACAGUAAAAAACAAUUUUUUUUAUUUAUAAUUUUUUUUUUUUUUUUUUUAGAAGUUCAGUAAAUUGCAAUAAUACACAUCAGAUAUAUCUUAUUACAUUUGUUGUAACACUUCGUUUUUCGAGCUUUAAAAAAGAUAGAAAUAAAAGAAGUAAGGAAAGUGAGCAAGAAUCGUGAAGGUGCAGGAAAGUGUUGGGAAAAGAAAGCCCCUUAGGGAAGAAGUUAGAGAACGAAGUAAAGAAAGGAAAUAAGACCCUAGAAAGAAAAGAAAAAAAAAGGAAAAACAAUCGCUCUAUUGUAACACAAAACUCCGCAAAAAAGGAUAUACCAACCGUAUUUUUUUAUUUUUUUUUAUUUAUUUUAUACUCCCCGUUACCAGAUCAUGGUACCAUUUAUAUUUUAAACUACUAUUGCACCUUAUGCUUGUAAUAGUUCCAUAAAUGCAGACCACGUCUUUUGGAAGUGGUCUGCUUUGCCUGCUAGGAGGAGUCUCAUCUCUUCCAAGUGUAGUGUUUCGAACAUGUUUGAAAUCCACAUUUUUAUUGUUGGUAUUGGAGCAUUUUUCCAAAAUUUGAGUAUAAGCUUUUUUCCCAUUAUUAGCCCGUAAUUAAGUAAGUUCUUUUGAAACACAUUUAAUUCGGGGUUACCUUCCGAUAUUCCAAAAAUGAUCCAUUCUGCUUUUGGUACAAGUUUUAUUUUAAAUAAUUUUGUGAAGAUUUCAAAUAUUUUGUUCCAGAAUUUUUGGAUUUUUAUACAAAAAACAAAAGAGUGCGCUAUGUUAGCUUCUUGUGACUGACAUUUAUCACAAAUGGGUGAGACAUUGGGGAAAAGUUUAUUUAUUUUAGUUUUUGAAUAAUAUAGUCUAUGUAAUGUUUUAUAUUGAAUUAGAGUAUGUCGUACGUUGAUCGAGCAUUUAUGCACAUAUAGUAAGUGUUUAUCCCAGCUCUCUUUUGAAAUUUUUAUAGCUAGUUCUUGUUCCCAGUCUCUUCUAAUACCAUCGGUUGUAGGUAUUUCUAUAUUUAAAAUAAUGUUGUAUAAGUAUGAUAUUAGAUUUGCUGAUUCAGCCUUUGUCUUCAUGGCUUCAUCCAAUAAGUCUGGGGACAUGUUAUGAUAGUCUUUUGUGUAUUUUUUCAGAUAGUCAUGGAUUUGAAGAUAUUUAAAAUAUUGAUUAUUUUUCAAAUUAUAUUUCAGUUGUAAUUGUUGAAAUGAUAAUAAUUUUCCUAAUUCAUACAAGUCUCCGAGCGUUUUGAUUCCCAUUCUUUCCCAUUGUGUAAAUGAUUUAUCUAUAAUUGAAGGUUUAAACGACGGGUUAUUGACUAUUGGCAUUAAAAGAGAUAGAUUUCUUAA